AUGUCUACCCAACCCCCUCACAACACCCUGCUCAUCCCGGGCCCCAUCGAAUUCGACGAUGCCGUCCUCCAGUCCAUGUCCCACUACGCCGAGAGCCAUGUCGCUCCCGGCUUCGUGAAGGUCUUCGGCGAGACCUUGACCCUCACCCGCAAGCUCUUCCAAUCCACCAACCCCUCCGCGCAGCCUUUCAUUAUCGCCGGCAGUGGCACCCUCGGUUGGGAUCUGGUUUCCGCCAACCUUAUCGAGAAGGGUGAGAACGCCCUGGUCCUGAACACCGGCUACUUCGGUGAUUCGUUCGGCAGGUGCCUGGAGACCUACGGCGCCCAGGUUACGCACCUUCGCGCCCCGAUUGGUGACCGCCCUUCCUUCGAGGAAAUCGAGCAGGCCCUUAAGGAGAAGUCCUACAAGGUCAUCACUGCCACCCAUGUCGACACUUCCACCGGUGUCCUCAAUGACAUCAAGACUAUUGCUCAGAUCGUCCGUCGCGUCAGCCCCAAUACCCUGGUUAUUGUCGACGGUGUGUGCAGUGUCGGUUCCGAGGAGAUCGCCUUCGACGAGUGGGACCUUGAUGCCGUGGUCACUGCCUCUCAGAAGGCCAUCGGCUGCCCUCCCGGUCUGAGCAUCGUGAUGACCUCCGGCCGCGCCAUCCAGGCCGCAACUGCCCGCAAGACCCCCGCCGGCGCUUUCUACGCCUCCAUUGCCAACUGGCUCCCCAUCAUGCAGAACUAUGAGAACAACAAGCCCUCGUACUUUGCUACCCCUCCCACUCAGCUCAUCCACGCCCUGCACACUACUCUUAGCCAGAUCACCGCUCGCCCCAUGUCCGAGCGUUUCGCUAUCCACACUGAAGCCUCAGACCGCGUCAAGGCCGCUGUCGCCGAGCUCGGCCUGACCCAGCUGGCUCCCAAGCCCGAAUGCCAGGCUCACGGCAUGACCGCCAUGUACCUGCCCGAGGGUCUGAUUGCGCCGGACGUUCUGCCCGGUCUGCUGAAGCGUGGUGUGAUCUUUGCAGCUGGCCUGCACAAGGAGAUCGCUCCUAAGUAUAUCCGCUUCGGUCACAUGGGUGUCAGUAUCUCUGACCCCAACCGUAAGGAUGUUGACAACGCCCUGGCGGCGCUUAAGGAAUCUCUCGGUGAGGCCAAGCAGGCCAAGGGCUUGUAA